AUGGAGAAGAAGAACUCGUGGGAUGCAGUUUGCGCACAAAAGAGCCAAAGGAGAUGGCAAGAAAUUUACAAGAGGAUGAAGAAAAUGUGGGAGGGACGUGAUCAGAAGAAAACAAAGGAUAUCAUAACAAUUCCUUUGAAGGUGAGAAACAAUGCUCGGCGAUAUAAUGGCGAGCAAUUUAAGUUGUUUGAGCAACGGUCCGUUUGCUGUGAUGAGCAAACGACCGUGUCACAAGAAAUUGAGGAAUAA